AGUCACUAUUCAACAACCUCGUCGAUACACUCGCCAGCCAUGACUAAAUCAAUGUUUGAACGCACCAAGGACAAGUUUGCUCGUAAGAACUCAUCAUCUUCCCAAGCAGAGUGGAGGCUCUCACGGCGCGAUGUGAGGGGAGUCAACGACGCGGGGACGUCUUGGAAUACUAACAACCCAUUCCCCGACCCAUUAUCUGCCACGCAGCCUAGCAACGAGACUCGUGAGUCUGACCUCAAAUCUCCUGGUGCGCUUCUCGACUUACCAACAAUCAACCUCCUAGCCCAAGAUGCCCCUCCCGCAUAUACCGCCUCCGCUGGUCCCUCUACAUCGUCCAGCCUAGCUAGCAUCACGUCCGCCGAAGACAAGUAUGCCUUCCUGUCCACCUUUGACACCGUCUUCCUUAUCGACGACUCCGGUGCUAUGGCGGGCCGGUCCUGGCGCGAGGUUCGCGAUGCGCUCCUUGCCAUCACUCCAAUCUGCACGUCGCACGACUCGGAUGGCGUCGACCUCUAUUUUCUCAACCACAAAUCUGGUGUUCGUGGCUCCGCUACUCAAGCUUCCAACGGCUACAACAAUAUCCGCAACCCGGCCGGGGUCCAGCGCCUCUUCGAGUCGGUCAGGCCCAGCGGUGCUACUCCCACAGGCAACCGCCUGCAGUCCAUCCUCAACCCCGGGUUGAAAGAUUACCGUGUCAAAGCAAAAGUUGGAGAAUAUGAAGUGGAUGCGCUACCUGACACUGGCGCCAAGUACAACUUCAUCUCACAACAAUUCGUCGUGAAGGGUUGUCUCGUACCCGACAACACCACGCCUGAAGCCAUUCAGCUACCCUGCGGGAAAACAGUCAUUUCUCCAGGAACUGUGAAAGUUCCGUUCGUGUUCCACGGAGAAAUCAAGACAUAUAUGCUGGACUGCCGGAUCCUCCCUGGUUGUACCAGCGACCUCGUUCUUUCCGGUUCGUUCUUGCGCGCUACGAAGACUCUCACCAAAUUCAAGAACCGAAUUCAAGGAGUACUACGCAAUCUCAAGACUUGCCCCCGAGUCAGCCUUCUCGGCAAUGAAGAACAGCGCCUCUGGGGGCGGCUGAACGGACACCAUGUUCUUGCCCUUCCAGACACAGGGUCCGACGUCAUGCUGGUGUCGGCUCAGUGGGCCAAGUCAAACUACCUUAAGGUUGACUACAGUCCAGAACAUCACCUCGAGCUUGAGCAAGGAGAUGGCUCGAAGUUCUUCACUAUGGGUUGCAUCCACAACGCAACAUGGACUUUCGGUGACUCCGAACAGCAAACCAGCUGGGACUUUUACGUUGUCAACGACCUUCCUGUAGACAUUUUGUUCAGCAACGAGUUCAUCUUCGAGUUUGACUUAUUUUCCAAGUUCGAACAUUUCAUGGUCGAUCACGAGUUUUCGCUUGGAUUGCCAGGAUUCUACAACGUCAGGUUGAUUAGCAAGUACAGCCCUGAGCUAGCUAGGCUUGAGGAGGAGUCCAACAAUGACUUGAGGUCUCCUAGCGCAGUCAGAGUCGAGCGAGUACGCCGCGACCGAAUCAGGGACACAAUAGAUGCACUGGACGAUCCGGCGAAGCAAAGUGAGGCUCGGGUCAAAGAGAAGCAACGCCAGAAGCAAUGGGACACGCGUCGCAAAGAACACGAACGGCAGCAGAAGUUGGCGGCAAUCGACCCUGGGCAAGCUGCUGCCCAGGGAGAAGGGGAUGGCCAGCAAUCGCCGAAGCCAAAGAAGCACUGGUGGGAAAGUAACUUCUUCGUGCGCGAAUUGUAAGCAUAAUGCAGGCUGCCAUUGAUUGAACCUCAACAAGGACUCUCCAAGUCGGCGGGCAUCAGGCAUCAUGAAGAGGUGGGUUGGGAGAUGUCUAUAGAGCAAACACUUGCGUAUCUUUUUUUCUUCCUUUCCUACAGCCAUGCCACGAUGGUACAGCAAAAAGAAAAGAAAAAAACCUCGGAGCCAAAAUUAGUGCUCAGGUCCUUGUAGCUGAAUUAGAUAUUAUGUCGCGAACUUAGCAUUUCUGUGCAACGGUUCUAAGGCACAAAUAAGCAAUGGUUGGGGGCUCCACCUAGCGUCUGACCAAAUAUCUUACUGAUUCUUCCCGUUCACGUUCCCCGCUCGCCCAUCGUCGUCUCCAUUUUCCUCUGUCGACUGUUGUCCCAUGGCCACUCGC